CUGAUAGGAAUAAUGGCCGCCUUCGUAGCAAUAGCUGGAAUGGGGAACAACACAAGAGACAUAUCAGAGCGUUUUAGCUGACCAGGAAGACCCCAAAUCACCAGGCACCCCCCCGCCCCCCUACCCGAUUUUCAGAACGAAUGGGUAGAGGGGGUCUUGCCAUAGGACACAAUAAACGAAAGAGACUCGGAGGGAAAGGGAGGAAAGCUAACCUUGAUAGCUAGCGCUAGCUGGUUGUCACUGCCGGGGGAACAAACCCGAGUAUCCGUGACAACUGCGUGUCUGGACGGCUGGAGGGAGCGGGAGCAGCCGCUGGAACUUGUGUUCAAACCUCUGGAAGCUCGCUAACAUGAGUGGACCGGGGCAGGACAGCGAGCCGGAGGCGAAAGUCCUUCUCAUCAAGCGGCUUUACAGGGCUGUGGUGGAGUCUGUGCACAAGCUGGAUGUCAUCAUCGGCAGCAAAGCAUCCUACAGAGAGGUCUUCAAGCCGGAGAACAUCAGCCUUCGCAACAAGCUGAGGGAGCUCUGUGUGAAGCUGAUGUUUCUCCAUCCUGUCGACUACGGCCGUAAAGCCGAGGAGCUGCUCUGGAGGAAGGUCUACUAUGAGGUCAUCCAGGUUAUCAAGACCAACAAGAAGCACAUCCACAGCCGCAGCGCUCUUGAGUGCGCCUACCGUACACACCUGAUCGCCGGCGUGGGCUUCUACCAGCACCUGCUGCUUUACAUCCAGUCACAUUACCAGCUGGAGCUGCAGGACUGCAUCGACUGGACCCACGUCACGGACCCACUGAUAGGUCGAAAGAAACCCGUGUCAGCCACCCCCAAGGAGAUGGAGUGGGCACAGAUGGCCUGUCAUCGAUGUCUGGUCUACCUUGGAGAUCUAGCACGUUAUCAGAAUGAACUUGCCGGAGUGGAGGCUGAGCAGCUGGCAGAAAGGUUCUACCAUCAGGCGCUGUCUGUCAUGCCACACGUGGGAAUGCCUUUCAACCAGCUGGGCACACUGGCAGGGAGCAAGUUCUAUAACGUGGAAGCAACCUACUACUACCUACGCUGCAUCCAAUCAGAAUCCCCCUUCGAAGGCGCCUAUGGGAACCUGAAGCGCCUGUUUGACAAAGCUUCCAAGAUGUACCACCAAGUGAAGAAGCAGGAAAUGAAGAAGCUGUCUCCAUCUCGACAAAGAUCUAAAGACAUUAAGCACCUCCUGGUGAGCUUCAUGUACCUCCAGAGCCUGCUGCAGCCCAAGAACAGCCUGAUGGAGACGGAGCUGACGUCGCUCUGCCAGUCGGUGCUGGAGGACUUCAACCUGGUGCUGUUCUACCUGCCGCCCCCGUCACAUGCCGGGGCGCACCACCCCCCCAGCGAGGAAGAGGAGGAGCAGCAGCUCGCUGAGAGCUCCUGCCCCGUGCUGCCUGACAGCCUCGUCUUCAAGAUGGUGGUCACGUGUCUGAUGGUGGUGCACAGCCUGAAGAGGGGAGGAUCGAAGCAGUACAGUGCGUCCAUUGCUUUUACUCUGGCGCUGUUCUCCCAUUUGGUGAACCACGUCAACAUCCGCUUGCAGGCUGAGCUGGAGGAAGGGGAGAGCCAGGUGCCGCCGCUUCACACUGACGUCACAGCCUAUGUUGUGCAGAAUCCAGACCAUCAGAGGGAGAAAGAUCUGCUACAGUGGAACCUUCCGGUGGGCUGUGGACGUCUACAACCUGCUCCACAACACUGA